UAAAUGCUACCUUCGGUUGGUGUCUCCUUCCUUCGCUCUCUUUUUCCCUCUCCGCAUUUUAGCCCUGGUCGAGGGUGAAGCAUCGAUUGGAAACAACCUUAUCCGCGAAUAGCGACCGGGGAGGCGAUCUCGAUGGCCGGGAACGGUCCGAUCUCGCAGGACUGGGAGCCCGUCGUGCUCCGCAAGAAGGCGCCCACCGCCGCCGCCAAGAAGGACGAGAAGGCCGUCAACGCCGCCCGCCGCAGCGGCGCCGAUAUCGAGACCACCAGAAAGUCCAAUGCUGGCACGAACAAAGCUGCCUCUAGCAGCACUUCUUUGAACACAAGGAAGCUGGACGAGGAAACCGAGAAUCUUUCCCAUGAGCGAGUGUCAACUGAACUGAAGAAGAAUAUCAUGCAAGCUCGUCUGGACAAGAAGUUAACACAGGCCCAACUUGCACAGCUGAUUAAUGAGAAGCCCCAGGUGAUUCAAGAAUAUGAGUCAGGAAAUGCCAUUCCGAAUCAACAGAUAGUUACCAAACUUGAAAGGGUGCUCGGGGUGAAGCUUCGAGGUAAAAAGUAGAGAACAUCGUGAGUGCAUGAUAUGGAUAUUUCAUAUGUGUAGUUGUGGUCAGCAUGUGCAUGUGAAAUCUGCUGCCAAGGCAUUUUUAGCUCUUUUUGUGUGUUUAAUUUGAAAUCCUAUGGAUACCUAUAAGACUAAUUGCUAUGGCCGAAAUCCUAAGAAAAUAACAUAAAACUAAGCUACUUCAGAUGUUUGGAUAUGCAUAUGGGAUUCCAAAACCGUAAAGUUCAUAGUUAAAAGCCUUGUAACCUUGUUGGUCUGUAUGAUAUUUUGAAGCACCUCCAUUUGUUCAGGUUGUGUUAGUAUCAAUUUUUGUUUGCUCUUUAUUUAUAGAAAUCAAAAGCUUGAGAAUUGGUGUA